CAAGCGCAGCGCGGUCACAGCGGCCGCUCGGGCACCCCAGGACCGGCCCUUCGCCUGCCGCCGGCACCCACCGGCACCGGUUUGACCAACUCCAGCGGGCCAGCCCCACCAUGGCCACCAGCGAGCCCACGCCGGCGCAGCCCAAGGCAGAGGAGCAGCAGAGCAUCGGGACACGCGUGGCCAACCUGCCCCUGGUGAGCUCUGCCUACGACAUGGUGUCCUCUGCCUACACCUGCACCAAGGAGAGCCACCCCUACGUGCGCUCCGUGUGCGACGCCGCCGAGAGGGGGGUGAAGACUCUGACGGCAGCGGCAGCGAGCGGGGCCCAGCCCCUCCUCACCCGGCUGGAGCCCCAGAUUUCCACCGCCAAUGAAUUCGCCUGCAAAGGGCUGGACAAGCUGGAGGAGAAGCUGCCCAUCCUGCAGCAGCCCCCCGAGAGGAUCAUCUCGGACACCAAACUGCUGGUGACCUCCACGGUGACAGGGGCCAGGGAUGUGCUGACCAGUACUGUGGCCGGAGCCAAGGAUGCAGUGUCCAGCACUGUGGCUGGGGCCAAGGAUGCGGUGACCAGCCGAGUGACCGGUGUGAUGGACAUGACCAAAGGGGCCGUGCAGGGUGGUGUGGAGCUGACCAGGUCUGCAGUCAGCAGCGGUGUCAACACCGUGGGCCAGAUGGUGGCCAGCAGGGUGGGCUCCGUGCUGGGCAAGUCGGAGGAGCUGGUGGAUCAUUACCUGCCCAUGACGGAUGAGGAGCUGGCCAAGCUGGCCACGGCCGUGGAGGGCUUCGAGCCGGAGCAGCAGAGGCAGCAGCAGAGCUACUUCGUGCGCCUGGGCUCCCUCUCCAGCAAGGUGCGGCACCGAGCGCUGCAGCACUCCCUGGGCAAACUGCAGAGCGCCCGCCAGAGCAGCCAGGACCUGCUGGCCCAGCUCCAGCGCACCCUCGACCUGGUGGAGCACCUGAGGCAGGGCGUGGACCAGAGGCUGCAGGGAGGGCAGGAGAAGCUGCAGCAGCUGUGGCUGGAGUGGAGCAAGAAGCAGCCGGGCAGCGGCAAGGAGCAGGUGCCACCGGAGGCGGUGGAGUCGGGCGCGCUGACCAUGCUGCAGGGCUUGAGCCAGCAGCUGCAGAGCUCCUGCCAGCCGCUGGUGUCCAGCCUGCAGGGCCUGCCCAGCAGCGUGCAGGACACGGCGGGGCAGGUCCGGCACAGCGUGGAGGAGCUGCGGGCGGCGCUGGCCUCCGUCACCUCCCUGCAGGACGUGACCGGCCCCGUGCUGGCCCAGGCCCGCGGCCACGCCGCCAGAGCCCGGCAGCUGAUGGACGAGCUGGUGGAGCACGUGGCCUUCAACACCCCCCUGACGUGGCUGGUGGGACCCUUCGCCCCCUCGGGCAAGCGCCCGGUGGAGCUGGAGAUGGAGUAACAAUCCUGGGCUGCCUCCCCCCCCCCCC